GCGAGAUUUCACUGUCCGUCCUGCUCGCUGCGAGUCUGCGCACCACAUCCUGCUCUCUGCUCCAGCUAACCAUCACCUCUGCCUCUCCUGCCAUCCGAGCCAGCCGUUUCGCAGCUUUCAGCCAGCUUAAGACCAGGUGCCAUGGCCGACGCCGCGAUUUCUUUCGCUAAAGACUUCUUAGCCGGCGGAGUGGCGGCUGCCAUCUCUAAAACCGCAGUAGCUCCCAUCGAGAGGGUGAAGCUGCUGCUGCAGGUGCAGCAUGCAAGCAAGCAAAUUAGUGCAGACAAACAGUACAAAGGCAUUGUCGACUGUGUCGUGAGGAUUCCCAAAGAGCAAGGCUUUGCCUCCUUCUGGCGCGGUAAUCUGGCCAACGUCAUCCGCUACUUCCCCACACAAGCUCUCAACUUUGCGUUUAAAGACAAGUACAAGCAGAUCUUCUUGGGUGGUGUGGACAAGCACACACAGUUCUGGCGUUAUUUUGCUGGAAACCUCGCAUCCGGGGGCGCAGCAGGAGCCACUUCCCUUUGCUUUGUGUAUCCCCUCGACUUUGCCCGUACCCGGCUGGCUGCUGAUGUGGGCAAAGCUGCCUCCUCCAGAGAAUUCAACGGACUGGGAGAUUGCCUGACAAAGAUUUUCAAGUCUGAUGGACUGCGAGGCCUGUACCAGGGCUUUAACGUGUCUGUGCAGGGCAUCAUCAUCUACAGGGCGGCUUACUUUGGCGUCUAUGACACCGCUAAAGGCAUGCUUCCUGACCCAAAGAACACCCACAUUGUGGUCAGCUGGAUGAUUGCACAGAGUGUGACGGCAGUGGCUGGUGUUGUCUCUUACCCCUUCGACACAGUGAGGCGUCGCAUGAUGAUGCAGUCUGGACGUAAAGGAGCGGAUAUUAUGUACACUGGGACCCUUGACUGCUGGAGAAAGAUUGCACGUGACGAGGGUACCAAAGCGUUCUUCAAAGGGGCUUGGUCCAACGUUCUCAGAGGCAUGGGAGGUGCAUUUGUGCUUGUGCUAUAUGAUGAAUUUAAGAAAUUUGUUUAAUUACACCAACUGUUGAGAAUAAACAAAAAAACUAGUAGAAUAGAUCUUAUUAAUGAAGUUUGUCAAGCUUUCCCCAGCUUUCUCUGUUCUCUCAGCAAUGUAUAGAUGAGUUCUAUUAUGAGUUAUCUAGAAAUAGAGGCCCACAUCAUAUUCUUCACCCUAUGCGGUAUUUAUUUAAAUACUAUGUGAAUGUGUUGCUAGUUGUAUGUUUUAAUACACAAACUGUACUUUUAUUUUUCUCUCAUCUAUAGUUGAGAAUGUUUUGCCUUCUUGUGAAUGCACAUGCGUCACCUCGAAACAGAAAAACUUAUGAUCAUAUGAUAGCUUUUGUCCAUAUUUGCCCAUGUACCGGGCUGUAAUGUAAAAGUUAACACAUAUACCAAUAAUAAUGUGAAUCUUUAUCAGUCCCAUAAGCAACCAUUUCUGAGUGUCUUAGGCUUGACAUUCAAAAAACAGGGAACAAAGGAAUGAGUAAAGUAAACUGCCUCUAAAUCAACCACCAUGUGCAAUAGCAUUUUGUCUCCUCAAGAUGGCACGAUUACAUCUUUUUUUACGUCUUUUUGUUUUUGAUUGUGUAAUAUAUUGUCACAAGAUAUGUCUGUUUUUCCAGCACUGCUUACCCACAAUCUUCAAUAACAAGGGUAUAAAAUAUCAAAACAAAAAGCUCAAACAGAAUGGAAAUCAGGUCAUGGAGUUUUUCCUUUCUUUUCACUCCAAGGUACAGAGUUAGUAUUAUGUUAAAUCAGACAUGAUGCUUUAAUGCACAUCAGAUUUACCCUUUAUCUCUCUUGCCGUACAUUAGAAGAGAGAUCAGCGCAGUAAAUGGCUCCAGCACAGAGGCCAUAGAGUCUUCACAUUCAGAGCCUGGGUGACAUGAAAAGUAGCCCCUAUUUCCAUUAUUUCUCUCUGUGGAACGCCGCCAAAGUAUUUUCCUUCUCCAAUAAUGAGGGGAGUCAUGUUUUCAUGGUGAUUUUCUUGUCGGUCUCAGUCUUCGUUGUGCCAGGUUGAUCUUGAUUAAGUAGAUGCUGUUAACAUAAAUGUGAAAGUGAAGGAAACAAAGAAAAGGCCGUUUUAAGUUGAUGUAAGACAUUUACAAUGUGAAGUCAUCCAGCAUGUAAAACAUAUUGUAAUCCGAUGAUACAGCAUACAUUUGAGAGGCCAUAUUUACAGAGAUGUCUUUAUUCUUGACUGAACAAAAGGAAUGCUUGUAAACUCAAUAAAAGUGAAUACCUCGGAUACUUUUA